UUGCAGAAAUGACGUCAUUUUGAUAUGAUACGACGCCGUUUUUAGGGAAGUAACUCAUGAGUUAGGCACCUGUCGCGGCAGUCUAAUCCAUUUCUGAGCUAAAGAUGCUGUCCUUUCCACACUACCAUCACUCCCCACACCUCCCUAACUAUGUCUCCCAUCACCUCCCUCUUCGCCGGAACCCUAAUUUCACCACCGCUCUCCACCUCUAUUCCGCAACCUCCUCUCGAAUCUCCGCCUCCUCCUCUUCCUCCUCCGCCGUUCCCCACCGCAACCAAGAACCCGUUCAACCACCACACACCACAACCACUGAAGAGACUUUCCGAAAACACAACGCCAAAUCCACCGCUCUCGUCCUCCACCGUUCAUCAAAUCCAAAUCAACAGCGCCAGGAGGCUAUACCAGAAGAAGAGAAGCUGAGGAUUCUAGAAAUGUCUCUAGUGACAAAAAGAACGCCUCAAUUUCCGGGCUCCAUCUACAUUCAGCCGUCGCAAUCCGAGACCUCGAAGCCUCCUCUGGCCAAACUCUUCAACGGAGAAAGCGAUGAAGACGAUGACGAGAUGAUAAUGCGGGCUCUGGAGAUUCGCCGGAAUGUAACGGUGGAGAUUUUCAAGGAAGCAAUGCGGAAGGGCAAGUUUGGGAUCACUUACUCCAAUAAUUUGGUGUCUAGGUUGCCUGAUUUUAUUGACUAUGUCAUGAUUGAAGCGGCUUCCAUGAAGCAGUUGCCUGAAUUCUCCCAUUCAACGUUUAAUACGCGCGCCAAGACUGUCAUACAUGACUCCAAUGUGGUGCCGCUCAUCAGGUGGUUGAAACACAAUUCACUCUCAUAUCCACGAAUUGGAAAGCUAAUAUGCAUGUCAAAGGGAAAUCUUGAGACUAUAAGAGUACUUGUUGAAUGGUUGAAGACAAUUCAUGUGAGGGGGGAAUUUCUUGGGUUUGUGAUCAUGAAAGCAGGAGAGGAUAUUUUGGAGCGCAGCAUAGAGGAAUUGGAUGACAUUGUCAGGUAUCUAGAGAACAAUGGGGUACGGAGGGAUUGGAUGGGUAAUGUGAUGAGCCGAUGCCCUCAAUUGUUGUCUUACAGCAUCGAGGAAGUGAAAACUCGUGUGGGGUUCUACUUGGAUAUGGGUAUGAAUGAGAAGGAUUUUGGCACAAUGGUCUUUGAUUAUCCCAAGGCACUUGGCUACUUUACUCUGGAAGAGAUGAACGAAAAGGUUAGUUAUCUGAAGGAGUUUGGCCUCAACAAUGAAGAUGUAGGGAGAUUACUAGCAUUUAAGCCGCAACUGAUGGGUUGUAGCAUUGAGGAAAGAUGGAAGCCUUUUGUUAAGUAUCUGUACUACCUUGGGGUUUGCCGAGAGGGUAUGAGGAGAAUGCUUAUCAUCAAACCAAUGGUUUUUUGUGUUGAUUUAGAGAAAACCAUUGUACCAAAGGUACGGUUUUUUCAGGACAUAGGCAUUCGAGAUGAUGCCAUUGGUAACAUGCUUGUUAAGUUUCCUCCAUUACUAACAUACAGCCUCUACAAGAAAAUUCGCCCAGUGGUCAUUUUCUUGAUUACUAAAGCUGGGGUCAGCCGGAAAGAUAUUGCAAAGGUAAUAGCUCUGGGACCUGAGCUCUUGGGAUGCAGUAUUGUGCAUAAGCUGGAGGUUAGCGUGAAGUACUUUCUCUCACUUGGAAUACCCCUUCAAAUACUGGGUGAGAUGAUAGCUGAUUUUCCCAUGCUACUGCGGUACAAUAUAGAUGUCCUCCGUCCCAAGUACCGCUAUCUGCGUAGAACUAUGGUCCGCCCUUUGAAGGAUCUCAUUGAGUUUCCAAGGUUUUUCAGCUAUUCUCUAGAUGACCGAAUAAUUCCAAGGCACAAGGCUCUUGUGGAGAACCGGGUAAAUUUUAAACUGCGCUACAUGUUGGCAAUCUCUGAUGAAGAGUUUGCUCGAAGGGUUGAAGCUGCAGUGGAAAGGCGUAGUAGAUUUGAAUCCGGUCUCAUGAGUAGCACUCUCUCUGAUUCCCAAACAGCUAAUGACUCUUUGGAAAACCGGACAUUAGUAGAUUUUUGUGGCAGAGAGGUUGCUUUUUCUGAGUGUCAAACAAGCGAAAACCAAGUUAGUUCUUCUAAAAAUGAGGAUGCUCUAAGCUUUUCUUCAGAAUAAAUCUUGAGGAAUGUUUUAGUUCCUCAUGGCUUGCACAUACCCAUUUUGUAAAAUGUAUAUACCUCGUUAAUAUAAGGUAAUAUAAUAAUCCUCU